AUCGACGGACAAUCGAAAUUGUUCAUCCCUAGAAGAAGACAAGAAAAAGACGAAAUAAUAUAUAAUAAUAGAAUAUUCCACCGUGAUAAUAUUGCCAAGCAUUGUUUUCCGCGUCUUCGCCGUCGGUAAUUGGGAAACUCUCGAAGCGACCACAAAGCCAGCACCUCAAGGGCCCCGAACAGCAGGAUAAUACGGCAGAAGAUACGAGACAUCGUCGACAGCCCAACCACAUCCACAUCCACAGCCGAAACGAACCGAAUCACAAAAUCAAAAUCCAAAUCCAAUUUCGAGUGAAAAGACAGCGAAGCAGCCAGCGGAAUGCCACUGUUCGGGAAGUCACAGAAGUCGCCAGUGGAGCUGGUCAAGUCGCUGAAGGAGGCGAUCAACGCCCUGGAGGCGGGCGACCGCAAGGUGGAGAAGGCCCAGGAGGACGUCAGCAAGAAUCUGGUCUCGAUCAAGAACAUGCUGUACGGGAGCAGCGAUGCCGAGCCGCCGGCGGACUACGUGGUGGCCCAGCUGUCGCAGGAGCUGUACAACAGCAACCUGCUGCUGCUGCUCAUCCAGAACCUGCACCGCAUCGACUUCGAGGGCAAGAAGCAUGUGGCCCUGAUAUUCAACAAUGUGCUGCGCCGCCAAAUUGGCACACGCUCGCCCACCGUCGAGUACAUCUGCACGAAGCCGGAGAUCCUGUUCACCCUGAUGGGCGGAUACGAGGAUGCGCAUCCGGAGAUCGCCCUCAACUCUGGCACCAUGCUGAGGGAGUGCGCCCGGUACGAGGCGCUGGCCAAGAUCAUGCUGCACUCGGACGAGUUCUUCAAGUUCUUCCGCUACGUGGAGGUGUCCACCUUCGACAUUGCCAGCGAUGCCUUCUCCACGUUCAAGGAGCUGCUCACGCGCCACAAGCUGUUGUGCGCCGAGUUCCUGGACGCCAACUAUGACAAGUUCUUCUCGCAGCACUACCAGCGGCUGCUCAACUCUGAGAACUAUGUUACGCGGCGACAGAGUUUGAAGCUGCUGGGCGAACUGCUGCUGGACCGGCACAACUUCACCGUGAUGACGCGCUACAUUUCCGAGCCGGAGAACCUCAAGCUGAUGAUGAACAUGCUCAAGGAGAAGUCGCGCAACAUCCAGUUCGAGGCGUUUCACGUCUUCAAGGUGUUCGUGGCGAAUCCCAACAAGCCGAAGCCCAUCCUGGACAUCCUGCUGCGCAACCAAACGAAGCUGGUCGACUUCCUGACCAACUUCCACACGGAUCGCUCCGAGGACGAGCAGUUCAACGACGAGAAGGCCUAUCUGAUCAAGCAGAUAAAGGAGCUGAAGCCGCUGCCCGAAGCUUAGUUGGACCUGGACUUUAGCUUCAGCUUCAACUUCAGCUUCAACUUCAGCUCCAACUCCGGCUCCAGCGACCCAGGGGCAAAAGGACCGUAACCAGAAGCGAUCGAAACGGAAGCAGAAAGAGUGAUGGUGGGUUAGCAGGAUGUGAACAUGUUUUGUGUGUGGGUUAAAGCAAAUAUAUAUUAUAUAUACUAUAUUUUGUGACGAUGAUGACUCUACACUUGUGAGUAACUAAACAAUAAUUUAAACAACAACAACACUGAUGAUAAUGAUAAAUAACGAUAAAGCGAAUUAGAAAACAACAAAAGUACGAGUAAAUAGCGUAAAGCCGAAAAAGAAAAACGAAAGCGAGUUUCGAAUUUAACAUAGCCACAUUUAGACAUUCUGGGCCUUGAGAUCCACUAUCUUACUUUAUAUGUUUUACCAUCCUUCGGUCCUCCGCUAAUCCUUAUUGCCUAGACCCAUUUUCGAUAUCUAUUUAACUAGUUGUUGUAUUUGAAAUUUAAACGUUUUUGAAACGAGAGAUACUUCACCUCCAAGACCUGCCACGCCCCCUUUACGCCCCAAAAAAAAAACUGAAGAUUCACAAUGAGUUUUGAAUUAAAAAUGUAAUUCCACGCAAAAUUCAUGAGAAAACGAAAACUAAAUACUGCAUAAUAAUAAUUUAUAGUGAUAAUUGUCCUUGCAUCCUUUGGCAUGGACUCUAUUAUAUAUAUACCGAUAUAUAUAUAGAAAGAGAGAGAGAGAGCAUUCAACACACACACUCACAACACACAUGCAUACGUACAUAGUUUAAAGGGAAGUAAAACAAACGAAAACAACAACAUUGCAAGCAACAUAAUAACUAUACGAUUAUUAUAAUUUAUAUUAUUCCCAAAUUAAAGAUAACAGCCAAACUAAA